AUGGGUUGCGAUGGCAAUGAGUUCAAAAGGAAUGAUUUAAAGCAAGAAAGAAGUGGAAAAAAAGAGCCAAACAAAGCGCCUUUAGAGAGUGAAAAUGAGAAGGGCACGUUUUGGACUGUUUGUCCAUACUGUUAUUACAUGUAUGAGUAUGAAAAGAAGUAUGAAGAGUGUUGCUUGGUUUGUCAGAAUUGUAGAAAAGGGUUUCAUGGAGUGGCGGUGGCUGCGCCUCCGGAAAGUUUGUUGGUGAAAGGGAAAGAUGGUGGGUAUUAUUCUGGAUAUGGGUUUUUUCCAUUAGGUCGUUUUGGGGAUAGUUUCUUGGGUGACAAGAAAGAGGUUGGUGGGGGAGAUACUGGGAAAAAGCAUGAGGUUGUGGAGAUAUCUGAUGAUAGUGCUGAUGAGACGAAAAAUAUGGAUGUGAAAAAUAAGGGUAGUAAAGUGAAAGUAGAAGUUUUGAACACUGGUGAAGGAAGGCGUGUAAUGACGAGAGUAAAAUCUGUGCCGAGGAAUACAAAGAAAAUGAUGGGCAAAGGGGUAAAGGGGAAGAAAGUUGAGAAGAUGAGUGUUCUAGAAAUGAAUGUGGAGCUUGGGAAUGGAGUUGGAGAUGGUGAUUGUGGAAGUGGAAGUGGUGGAGGAGUAGGUGUUGGAAGUGGAUGUCAGGAUGGUUGUAUUGAGAAUGAGUUGGAGUUCUUUGAGGGAGAUGAUGAUAUAUUUGUUGGGUUGAAGGGUAUAUAUUGA